AACGCGCCGCGGCAGCCAUGUUGGACGCGGCCAGCACAGGGGCCGGCACCAGGGGGUUAUCGAAGCAGCUGUCACGAUGCUGGGGUCCCUGGUGUUGAGAACAGCGCCGGCGCCCCGGCUCCUCCUCCAGCUGCUUAGGUCCCCAUCGCUGCGGAGAAAUGGAAGUGCCUCCGGCCAGACUGUAACCACCGCGGGCCGCGGGGAGCCGCAAUGGCUGAGGGCGGCCGUCGGGGGGCGCCCUGCAACAUCGCCGGCUUUCCUCACCGGAGGAGGGGCAGCCACCUGGGGGCGUCAGGGAGAACGCACCGAGACCCAGUGCUUCCUAGCCACAACAUGGGGACGCCUUCCUAGCCCAGAAGAAACACUCCCGGGACAGGACAGCUGGAACGGGGUCCCCAACAAGGCUGGACUGAGCAUGUGGGCCCUGGCCACGGCGCUAGUGGUUCACUGUUACAGCAAGAGCCCGUCCAACAAGGAUGCAGCCCUGAUGGAAGCUGCUCGCACCAACAAUGUCCAAGAAGUCAGCAGGCUCUUGUCAGAAGGUGCAGAUGUCAAUGCAAGGCACAGACUUGGGUGGACAGCACUCAUGGUGGCAGCCAUCAGCCGAAACGACAGUGUGGUGCAGGUCCUCCUUGCUGCUGGUGCUGACCCAAACCUCGGGGAUGAUUUCAGCAGUGUUUACAAGACUGCCAAGGAGCAGGGAAUCCAUUCUUUGGAAGUCCUGGUCACCCGAGAGGAUGACUUCAACAACCGGCUGAACAACCGCGCCAGCUUCAAGGGCUGCACAGCCCUGCACUACGCCGUCCUUGCGGAUGACUACCGCACAGUCAAGGAGCUGCUUGAUGGAGGAGCCAACCCCCUUCAGAGGAAUGAAAUGGGACACACACCUUUGGAUUAUGCCCGAGAAGGGGAGGUGAUGAAGCUUCUAAGAACUUCGGAGGCAAAGUACCAGGAGAAGCAGCGGAAGCGUGAGGCCGAGGAGCGGCGCCGCUUUCCCCUGGAGCAACGGCUGAAAGAGCACAUCAUUGGCCAGGAGAAUGCCAUCGCCACAGUGGGUGCUGCGAUCCGGAGGAAGGAGAAUGGCUGGUACGAUGAAGAACACCCUCUGGUCUUCCUCUUUUUGGGAUCAUCUGGAAUAGGAAAGACAGAGCUGGCCAAGCAAACAGCCAAAUAUAUGCACAAAGAUGCCAAAAAGGGCUUCAUCAGGCUGGACAUGUCUGAGUUCCAGGAGCGGCAUGAGGUGGCCAAGUUUAUCGGGUCCCCACCAGGCUACAUUGGCCACGAAGAAGGUGGCCAGCUGACCAAGAAGCUGAAACAGUGUCCCAAUGCUGUGGUGCUCUUCGAUGAAGUGGACAAGGCCCAUCCAGAUGUGCUUACUAUCAUGCUGCAGCUGUUUGAUGAGGGCCGGCUGACGGAUGGAAAAGGGAAGACCAUCGACUGCAAGGAUGCCAUCUUCAUCAUGACCUCCAAUGUGGCCAGUGAUGAGAUCGCACAGCAUGCCCUGCAGCUGCGGCAGGAGGCUUUGGAGAUGAGCCAUAACCGUCUUGCUGAAAACCUUGGGGAUGUCCAGAUUAAUGACAAGAUUACCAUCUCAAAGAACUUCAAGGAGAAUGUGAUUCGUCCCAUCCUGAAAGCUCACUUCCGGAGGGAUGAGUUUCUGGGACGAAUCAAUGAGAUUGUCUAUUUCCUCCCCUUCUGCCACUCGGAGCUCAUCCAACUUGUCAACAAGGAACUGAACUUCUGGGCCAAGAGAGCCAAGCAAAGGCACAAUAUCACGCUGCUCUGGGACCGCGAGGUGGCAGACGUGUUGGUCGACGGCUACAACGUGCACUAUGGCGCCCGCUCCAUCAAGCAUGAGGUAGAACGCCGUGUGGUGAACCAGCUGGCAGCCGCCUAUGAGCAGGAUCUGCUGCCAGGGGGCUGUACUCUGCGUAUCACUGUGGAGGACUCAGACAAGCAGCUGCUCAAGAGCCCUGAACUGCCCUCACCUCAGGCUGAGAAGCGUCCACCCAAGCUGCGGCUGGAGAUCAUCGACAAGGACAGCAAGACCCACAAACUGGACAUCCAGGCACCGCUACACCCUGAGAAGAUGUGCCACAGCCUCUAGCUUCUACCUACCUACCUAUACAUGCCCUCAACAUCCAAUAAAGGCCCCUCGGCUGUGGCAUGGCAA